AUGAGUGAAGAAAAAGUCAACAUCGGCAACUAUAAAGGGGUUAUGCUAUGCAAUCGUCCUAAUCAAUCAUCAGAAAACUCCAAAAGAAAUAGAGCCUUCAUUUCAAGAGUUGAUCCCAAAGAACCAAUAGGUUGGAAUCCUGUUAAAAAGCAAAUCUACAAUGUCUCUAACUCCUUCCUUGACUAGCGAUCAAUAUUUUUUGCUUUCUAAAAACGUUAUUUUUUAUAUAAAAAAUGCAUAUAAUCCUUUUAGAUUAAAAUUUGAGAUCUUAUCUUUUAAUUUGCAUAAUGUCUGAAAUUUAAUAUAAUGUGCAAUAAGUUUAAUUAUAUAUAUUGAAUAUAUUUACAUAAAAAAAGUUGCUCGCUUAACAAGGGAGGCAAUUCUCACAAAAAUCAAUUUUUCUCUUUAACCAAGAGAAAAAGAGAGUUAAGCCAAAACCUAAAGAAAUCUUAACACGGCAUAGAAAAUGACUUGCAAGAAUCCAGGAAAACCGUAUGAAAGCUCUAAAAGAAAACGAAGAAAUAGAACGCCAAAAAGCAUCCAAAAAAGAGAAUUUCCAAACAUCCAUGAGCAAACAACGCAAAAGGCUGUUAGGAACAGUAGAUCCAGAAGAGAAAAAACAAAUCCUAUCAGGUCAAUACGAAGAAGAAGAUUUAAAUAGCAGCAAACCUCGAGCUCAGACAGCAGAACCAAGCACAAAGAAACCGAAAUGGGCACUAACUGAAGAAGAAGCAGAAAAACAAGAAGAAACCGAAGUAGACGACCUACUUAGGUUUGUAGAAGACUUGGAUUACGACGAAAUCGUCAAUGAUCUAGAAGUAAAGAUGGCACUUGAAGUCGUCAAAGAAAAAGUCACGAAAUUGAUUGAGAGCAAGCCAGAUUUGAAAGAAAAAUUCAUCGCAAGACAAGAAGAGAAGAAAAAAGCAAGACUAGAAGGCAGAACAAUUAAAACAGAAGCUUCAAAAGAAGACACUGACUGGGGCUCUGUCAAAAGUGAGUCAGUUGUACAUGACCAAGACUGGGAUCCAACUAGCAAAGACGGCGACCCUAAGAAAAAAUAUCAAAAACUGGUGAAAAAGAUUGCUGAUAAGAUUUUGAAAGAAAACCCAUUCCUUAAAGCGAUUCACUCGAAUUCGUCGAUUAGGAAACUAAUGGAAAAUGAAAUUCUGACUAGCAUUGGGGCACAGCCUCCUGUGGUUUCAGUUGUCAAAGAAACUGCUACAAGAAAAGACGUGAUUGAUGCCAGUAAUUUGCCUUAUCUUCAUAGAAAUCCAGCAGUUUAA